AUUUGAUGGUGGCUUGAUCGAAGCGUCGGUCGAUUUGGUGGUUCCCUCGUCAAUGAGGCGUUUGCUAACCGUCUGAGAGAUGAGAUGAGUAGUGAGUCUCGAGGGUCAGUUCUUUUAAAGAGUUGACAGCCACGUGUACAGCCACAACGAACUUGGGGGUUGACAGGUGACAGACUGUCGGGUCAUCGCGCUCUCGCCCGAUGUCAUCCCAUAGCUGCUUGCAGACAUCUGCAAGCAGCUUACGUUGUUGCAGCGGUUACUGCCGAACUACACAGCAUGGGGUGGCAGGGAUCUUGGACGGAACUGCCCAUGGCUUCCCGGACUUGCCUCGUUCAUGGCUUUUCUUUGUGACACUUCAACUUCACGGGAAAUCCACGAGGCACCAACCAGCGACGGCAAGACAAGCGGCAGAGACAUCACUAAUCCCGAGAAUCCUAUCACUACAAUUGCUUCCUUUCACUUCCUCACAUCGCUUUCCUUCGACUUUGAACACCAGACCUUUCUCUGAACCGCCGAAGAGAUCACAAGGGCAGGAGGGAAGAGAAUGUUUGGACACGGUGACCAGAUUCGGAGAUCUAGCGCAGCGUCGGGUCAUCUCGCAGUUGCCUUACUUGAAACAUCAGGUUCACGGUAUGACAGCAGACCACUCGAGCCGCAACAUUCCCAACACGAACAUGCAGCAUUACAGACUGCUCGAAGCUCUCCAAAACCCCAAACCGAAAUUUAGUAUCCAAGCUGCCUGCAUGUCAUUCUCAUUCGUUGAUCACAUACCUUGCUUACAUGUUCUUCCAGUAGCACCAACAAACCCUUCACCCCUUUGGGCCAUACCCAUCAGACAACCAGACACUCAACCACGUGGUUUCGAUAUGUGUAUCUGGACCACACUUCACGGCUAGAGAGAUUCUUCCACUUCCGAGGAGCUCACUUCUCGCGCCGAGAAUGAUAGAGCACAUUUGGGCAACAUAUGAGGGGGGCAGAUCAGGGCAGCA